UGUCAGCACCACCAGUCAAACGUUUCUUAUUCUACCUGACCCAUUUGGGCGAUAUCAUCCCUUUCCCAAAAUCCACAUCUAUAUUGUAACUCAACCCGUCGACAUGGUAUUCUCGAGGUCUGGUCGAUCUAUCUUUCCACUACUCCCGCCUUAUGGCGCGCACGAUCCAAAUGGCGGUCCGGGACGUGCUGUCCCGCUGCACCCUGAUGGCAUUACACCAUAUUUAGGGUUGCGAGCUCGUUUAUCACAAGUGUGGCUCAACCGUUGGACGAUCUUACUCCUCCUUGUCCUGGCUAGGGUUUUGAUAGCAGCAACUGGGAUACAAUCGGACAUGGACGGUGCGAAGCGCGAAGCCCAAUCCGCUUGCACUUCAGUGGAGUCGAUGGGAAGCUCGAUGGCUUCAAUGCCCCAUUAUCUGUCACAGGGAGUGAAUGAGCUUACCGCUUCUGGAGUUGAGGCGGCGGUUAAUGGCCUCUUAUCGAUGCUGUUGCUCACGAUCACUGGUAUCGAGGCGCUGAUAAUCUUCUUCAUAAAAGUUAUGUACCAAACAUACCUCUGCCUGUUCACGAUGGUGGUCAGAGGUAGCACUCAAGCUGCGCUUCUUGUGAUAAAAGAUACCACCGAAUUUUUGAACAAAACGGUCCAAGCUGUGGGAGACGACAUCGGCAAAGCAGUCGAAACUUUCGAAUCUGGCCUCAACAGUUUCGUGAAAGGGAUCAACAAAGUCGGCAGUUUAUUCAAUGCAGGUGAAGUGCCGAAGCUUGAUGUCUCAGGCGACGUCCAGAAGCUGAAGGACAUCCAUCUCCCGGGGUCGAUCACAGAGGCCGUUGAUAAGAUCAACAGCUCAAUCCCAACGUUUGCUGAAGUCGAUAAAUUUGUCACGGACGUCAUGAAAUUUCCAUUUGAGGAAGUUAAGACUCUCAUCAAUGGGUCUUUGGGAAAUUACACCUUCGACCGCUCAGCAUUACCGGUUCCUGCGAAGGAGCGGCUGACAUUCUGCGAUGAAAACAACGGGAUAAACUCAUUCUUCAAGAAGGUCGCGGAAAUCAUCAUAACGUCUCGCAAGAUUUUCCUCGCUGUUCUCAUCAUCGCUGCAACAUUUGCUUGUGUCCCAGUAGCCUGGCAGGAGCUGCGCCGCUGGCACACCAUGAGAGAGCGCUCUCAGAUCGUCCGAAAGGACGCGCAUGAUCCAAUGGACGUUGUCUACAUUGUUUCCCGCCCUCACACCGCUGGUGCAGGCAUCAGAGCAGCAAGCAGAUUCAGCAACAGCCGCAGACAGAUCUUAGUGCGGUGGGUGAUUGCCUACGCAACCUCGCCAGCCGCUCUAUUCGUCCUGUGUCUCGCUCUUGCCGGACUCUUCUCUUGCCUCUGCCAAUACUUGCUCCUGAAGGCUGUGGAGAGGACAGUGCCCGAGCUAUCCAGCGAAGUGGGCGAAUUUGCCGAGAAGGUGGUCACUUCAUUACAGAACACGUCGGCCAAGUGGGCAAAUGAUACCAACGGGGUUAUCGACGGCAUGAACUCUGAUAUCAAUAAAAACAUUUUCGGCUGGGUAAACACCAGUACGACAGCUGUGAACAGUACACUAAAUGCCUUCGUCGACAAAACGACAGGAGUCCUCAACGACACAUUCGGAGGCACCAUCCUCGCCGAGCCAAUACAGGACGUCUUCAAUUGCUUGAUCGGUCUCAAGGUGGCGAGUGUCCAAAAAGGCCUCACGUGGGUUCAUGAUCAUGCACAUGUCGAUUUCCCCCGUGUCCCCAAUGAUGUCCUCUCCCGCGGCGCCAACACCAGCAUCAACAACAGCACAAGUGCACCUGACAGUUUCCUUGCCAACCCAGGCGACAAGACAUCCGACAAGAUUACGGAAGUCGUCAUGCGGGUCCUCAACAAGAUCAAGGAAGGCAUCCGCACGGAAACCAUCAUAUCGGCUUGCGUCCUGGGCAUAUGGGUCAUCAACCUCCUCUUCGGCUUCAUCCGCGCCCUGAUCUUGUUCUGGGGCCGAGACAAAACCCGUGGUGAGGGUGGUGGAGCUCCUAUGAACAACGGCCCAGAUACCAAUGGUUUUACCAAUGUCCCGCUAACUGCUAAUGUCAAUUCACAUCCUGCUCCACACUACGAAGCUGCUAUGAGUGUCCCACCCAUUGCCAGAAUGAGCGGCCAUUGGUACGAUGACGAGAAGAUGGGGUAUGCUGGUCAGAGAUCACUCAAGGUUGAUGGGACGUCUGACCUGCGUGGAAGUACCUAUGUGGAAUACGGUAUGGAGAAACGUUGAUCUAUGUGGUGGGGACUUGGGAUGCAGUGCUAGUUGCUUUGUCUUGCUUUCAAACCUUUAGAGUGUUAAAUUAGAG